AUGGGAUAAGAAUUAUAUUUAGAAACUGUUGAAUGUGAAUCUUAAAAUUGUAAACUUAUGAAUAUUAAUAAAAAAAUAAUUAAUAUCUUAUAUAGUUUAUAGAAGAUUCUACAAUCAACAGGUUCUUUAGGAAUUCUUAAGAAAUGAAAUAAACUUAUUAUAAAAAAAAUAUUUCAGAACAUAGUUAAAAGAAAGUCUUAAUCUUAUUAAAAUGAAUAAUAAAAUUCAUAUGAACUUUUUGAAUACAUUAUUUUAUUAAAUGGAUUCUAUAUAUUUUAGAUAAAAUGGUUAUUAGAUCAAAUAAACAUGUUAUGUAUUCAAUGUUUAAGAGAAAUAAACAUUGAAAACUAAUCGUUUGUUGGUCAUUAGGAGAGAGAAUAACUAAAAUAAAUAGUGGUUUAAGAUUAUCAAGUUAUCAUAAAUGAAUAUAUUUUUAUAUAUAUAUUUUAAAAAUUUAAUGAUUUAACUGUCUUCUGUAGAGAGAACAACGAUGAUUGAAUUGUUUUCCACUUUUUUUGAUCGCCUUAGUUCUCAUAAUCCCUAGAGAGAGCAAAUGCUAAAAUCUUUGUACUAAUUUAAAGCAUUACUAUAUGCAAACGAUCCAGGAAUAGAAAAAUAUUUACAUGAUUUAUAAGGAUAGAAAUCUCCACUUAAAAGAGAUAAUUCAUAAACUAAGAAAUCUAGUAGUGUUAGAAAAGAACAAGAACCAUUUAUGCGUUAGACAAAAAGAAAAACUUUAGGAUGCGGACAUGAAAUUGAUAUAGUAGAUUCUUCUGGAGAAUGUCUUGUUUGUGCAACAUAAUCUGUAAGAACUAAUAUUUUAAAUAGCCUUUUGAUGAAUUUAAAUCAAAAUGUACAAAUGUCUUUAAAGUUUUAUAAUCAUUAGACAAUGAUGAUUUCUUCAAAACUUUGUAAUUAUUAGAUGUAUAUCAUUUAUUUUCUAAUUAGGACCCUUUAACUAUCUCUCUUUCCAAAUAAAGAUGUUAAUCAUCUACAGGUGAACUAUUCAAAGACCCAAUGAAUUAUUCUAGAAUGGCAUUAGCAGAAUAGCAAAAUAAUGUUCAAUAGAUCAUACGAAAAUGUCUUCGCUGCAAUAAGGAUAUCCAAAAUCAUGAUUCCAAAAAUAUUAGUUACUUCUGUAAUUCUUGCAAAAACUUUUGA